CCACCUCCAACCGUGUGUACCGAAAUCACACUGCCGAAGAUUCAUUAAUUCCAAGUGGCGGAUACGACGCUCCGGAGCACUCCAUACUGGCCUGAUGCUCCAUUCGGAUGAGCAAGUUCUCUUCAGCCUUCACAUUUGUCAGCCGAUGGGCUCCAACGCGGCUUGUUAGACCUCGGGGAUUUUUGUCCUAUCACGGCAGACCGCAACCUGCUUUGGUUCUUUCCGAAGUAAAGAAACCAUCCGAAGGCAGCUCAAAGCCCACUUUCAAACGGAUCGGUUUCGAAUUUACUAUCGGCCGUGGAAAGAUUCCGUCGGACUCUUCUGGAGGGUGGAAUCUCGGACCAUGGCUGCUCCUUGGCUGCGCCUCGCUUGUCGCUUAUUUUGUCUAUCAUAUCCUAAAGUACAAAAAAAUUACAUGGAAAGAAUUUGUGGAGAAUUUCUUGCAGAAGGGCGUGGUUCACCACUUGGAGGUGGUGAAUAAAUCUUGGGUUCAAGUCCACCUUCUUCCUGGCAGUGAGCACGCUGUUUCUGACCCAAGCUCCGAUGGCUACAUCGGAAGUGGUUUGAAAUCAAGUCACCCGAAUGCUAUCUAUUGGUUUGAAAUCGGUGCCGUGGAUACGUUUGAGCGCAGUCUACGUGAGCUCGAGGGACAUUUAGGCAUAGACCCUAUGAAUCGGAUGCACAUUACUUAUACGACGCGGAUCCAGCCUUCCGAGGUGUUUUACCUCGCGUUCUACCUCUCCCUCUUUGGAUUCUUCCUUAUGUCAUUCCGCUCUCAAGCAGGUGGCAUGGUUCGCAAGUCUGGUAUGGGCUCAAGUUUGUUCAGUUUUGGGCAGUCUCCCGUCCGGCUAAUCGAGCGAGACAAGAUCGAUGUCCGGUUCGCUGAUGUGGCCGGCUGUGAGGAGGCGAAGAUGGAGAUAAUCGAAUUUGUGAACUUCCUACGAAACCCUGCUCGUUACGAAGCAUUGGGUGCGAAGAUUCCCCGUGGAGCUGUUCUCAAGGGCCCUCCUGGCACCGGUAAAACGUUACUUGCGAAGGCAACAGCGGGCGAGGCUAACGUGCCAUUCCUCUCUGUGUCCGGCAGCGAGUUUCUCGAAAUGUUUGUCGGCGUCGGACCAAAGCGUGUGCGAGACAUGUUCUCGACUGCGCGCAGCAAGGCCCCUUGUAUUCUCUUUAUCGACGAAAUCGACGCUAUCGGGGGCAAACGAUCUGGUGGUGCCUUUGGACACCAGGAACGCGAGAACACGUUGAAUCAGUUGUUGGUGGAAAUGGAUGGAUUUACCACCCAAGAAAACGUGGUUGUACUCGCAGCGACCAACCGAAUUGAUAUUUUGGACCCGGCGCUCCUUCGCCCAGGCCGAUUCGAUCGCCAGAUUUACGUCUCUCUACCAGAUAUCAAAGGAAGAGCCUCAAUCUUUAAAGUCCACUUGAAGCGCAUUAAGCUAGCUGAUGACGCUCAACUGGUUGCCCGCCAGAUGGCCUCUCGGACGCCGGGUUUCUCAGGCGCUGACAUCGCAAAUGUUUGCAAUGAGGCUGCACUAAUCGCCGCUCGUGAAGAUGCCAGUAACGUUAAUUUGGGUCACUUUGACAAAGCGAUCGAUCGUGUCGUCGCUGGUUUGGAGAAGAAAAGUCAGGUGUUACAACCGGAGGAGAAGAAGACUGUCGCAUAUCAUGAGGCUGGUCAUGCGGUGGUCGGUUGGUUUUUGGAGCAUUGCAACCCAUUGCUCAAAGUGUCCAUCAUUCCCCGUGGUCAAGCUUUAGGCUACGCACAAUAUCAACCCAGAGAUAUCUACCUUCACACGAAAGAUCAGAUGCUAGACGAAAUGUGCCUGGCACUUGGUGGCCGUGCCAGUGAAGAGGUGUUUUUCGGCAAAGUUGGCAGCGGAGCUGUGGACGACCUACAACGCGUCACUAAAUCUGCCUACACUCAAGUCGCCCAGCUUGGUUUCAGUGAAAAAGUUGGCUUACUUAGCUUCGAAUUGCCUCAACAGGGCGACAUGGUUUUGACAAAACCAUAUUCGGAAAGCACUGCUCAACUGAUUGACGACGAAGUUCGUCUCAUUGUACAUAAUGCUUAUCAACGCACCAUCGCUCUGGUUCGCGAGAAACGAGAUCUGAUAGAAAAGCUUGCGCUGCGUUUGUUGUCUAAAGAACAAUUACAAAAGGAAGACCUGGUAGAAGUUCUCGGUCCGAGACCUUUCGAAGAGAAGAGCACCUACGAAGAUAUCGUGGGUCAGGGUCCAUUGGAUGAAGACACCAUUUUGCCUCCUGGAUUACGAGAUUGGAACAAAGAACCUGAACCGGAGGUGAAAGGCGAAACUCCUGCUGGCUAGUUGAACAUUUGGAGUCCGCUUAAAAUCCAAUCGUUGUGUAUCAUUCAUUGUAUGCAGCUCUCUAUCAUUGGGAAAUUAAAUUGUGUAGGC